GGCAGUGAAGAAUUUCACUGCCCAGUGGAAAGUGGAUAUUUUUUUGUUGAGUGUCAUUCGCGUACUACGUGCAAGCCAAUCAUCAGUUUGGUGAACAUAUCCAGCGAUGCACACAGCUGGUAAACAGGCAGUCAUCCAAGAAGUGGUAGCAGGUUACACCUAGAGAGAUCUAGAAAGAGGCUAGAGAAGAAGGAUAGACAGGCCAGGCAGGUCAGAGAGACAGUUGCCAUGCUAUGUUUUGUAGGCAACAUGAGGGCGGUGAUAUUAUUUUCUAUAAUCGCGUGUUUGAUGGUCAGCGCACAAGCCGGUGGUAAAAGCGAAAAGUAUAGUUACCUGGACCUAUCACUCUAUCAGAUCUAUCCGAGAAGUUUCAAGGAUAGCGAUGGGGAUGGCAUAGGAGAUCUUCGAGGCAUCAUAGAAAAUAUAGAUCAUUUCAUCGAGGCGAAAGUAGACGUCAUAUGGUCGUCUCCCAUCAACCCCAGCCCCAUGAUAGAUUUUGGCUACGACAUCUCGAAUUUCACCGACAUUGAUCCCGUUUACGGAACGCUGGAAGACUUUAGAGAACUAGUGAAGGCCGCGCACGCUAAAAAUCUGAAGGUGGUCAUAGACUUCGUACCGAAUCAUACCUCGACGAAACAUCCGUGGUUCCUGAAGAGUUUGCAGGGUAUCGAACCUUAUAAGGAUUACUUUGUCUGGCACGAAGGGAAAGUACUGGAAAAUGGCACCCGCGUCCCACCGAACAAUUGGAUGAGUAAUAUAGCCGGAGGCGCUUGGGAAUGGCGAGAUGAACGACAAGCGUAUUAUCUUCAUCAAUUUACAGUUGAGGAAGCGGAUUUGGAUUUCUAUAACGAAAAUGUGAUUAACGAGAUGAAGGACGUUGUUAGAUUCUGGCUAAAGGAAGGCGUAGAUGGACUUCGAGUGGACGCGGCCAUGUUUCUGUGCGAAGACUUGCAAUUUCGGGACGAGCCGCGAUCAUAUGAGACUGACGACCCUACAGAUAAAAACUACCUCGCACAUAUUUAUACCAACAAUCUCCUAGAAACGUACAAAGUCAUUCAAGGCUGGAGAGAUGUUAUGAACGAGUUCGAUAAGGAUUUGAUCAUGACGACCGAGGCGUACACAGACUUGAAUUCCACCAUAAAAUACUACAAAUACGGAGCGGACUUCCCAUUCAAUUUCAAGUUGAUCACUGAUGUAAAUAAGGAUUCGAAAGCAGCCGAUUUCAAGAACGUUGUCGACAGCUGGAUGAACAACAUGCCAACUGGUCGCACUCCCAACUGGGUGGUCGGAAACCAUGACAGAAAUAGGAUAGCAGCGAGAUUCGGACCGAAACGAGCCCGCGCUAUCACGAUGAUGACGCUUCUGCUACCAGGCAUUGGCGUAACUUACUACGGCGAGGAAAUCGGUAUGACCGACGCUUAUAUUUCAUGGGAGGAGAAUCAAGACCCGGAAGGAUGCUUGGCUGGACCAGAAAAAUAUUUAUCGCAAACUAGGGACCCCGAACGAACACCUUUUCAAUGGGAUAAUUCUACUGCUGCUGGAUUCUCCACGAACCCGAAGACCUGGAUCAAGGUCAACGAAAAUUACAAGACUCUAAAUCUGGCUGCCGAAAAGAAGGAUGAGAAUUCGGUCUGGACCAUGUACCUGAAGCUGGCAACACUGAAGCAAUCUCCAAAUUUUAAACAAACCAAGUUAAAUACAAAAUUGUUGAGCGACAACGUUUUCGCGUUCUCAAGGGAACACAAGAAAUACGGAUCAGUAUAUGCAGUAAUUAACUUCAGUGAGCAGGAAGAUAUUGUAGACCUCUCAGCCUUCAAUAACGUACCCAAGAAGCUGUACACUUAUUACGCCACCGAUGGUAUUACUUCCCUACCGAAAACGACCAUCAAAGAUAUUAAGAAGGUGAAGGUGCCUGCAACAGGAUUCCUGGUUCUCAUUAAACCCGACUCCAAAUUCGGAGUCUUGUAAAUAGCAUUUGGAAGACGUUGUACUCCGUAACUGACGUACUUAGUAUUAGUACAUUGUUUCCGCAUUUAAAUUAUAUUAUUUAUAUUAUCUAUAUAUCAUACAUAUAUAACUUAUAACAUGUUAUAACAUGUGUAUGUAUAACUUAUUACGUUAUAUAACUUAUUAUAUUGUUUCUUUAUGAAGUGUCAAAGUAGUAGACAAAAAUAAAAAGUAUCUCACAAACUUA